AUGGGAAAGCCACAAAAAAAGAAAUUGCCCCUCGCCGAGCAAAAUAUCCAGGGAUCUGCCGCGGAGCACAAGUUGGAAACGGGGGACUACCGGGAGCCCGGUGCUGUGGCUUGUCCUAGUCCUUCCGGGCCUCCCCCCGCGGAAGUUGGUGACCCCUUGGAAAUUUCGUGGAAGACUUUUCUCUCGGUCCUGCGGUCAAUGGAAGAAUGCUCGGAAAAUAUGAGGAACUCUAUGGUGCCGCCCUUCAUCCCUUCUCAGCCAGUCCUGCCCAGAAAGAAGAUUAGUAACAAGUCUGAAAAAAUUAGGAAAGGACGGUCAAGCGCUCUCCCAGUUAUACUGAAAGCCGGUGAAAAACCCAGCCUUCUGAUCCAAAAGGAAAGGGAGUUAAGUGCCACUCUUCACAAUUCAAAGCAAGAUGGAGGAAGAAGUAGAAUCGGAUCAGGACACCUUGAUCCCUGUGGAAAGACUCCUAAAGGAGACACGUGUUAUACAACGAGCAAAACCAAGUUAGAGCCAACAUUAUGUGAGACCAGUUUCACCCAAAUAGGUUUGUCUCUGCCGGAGCCUAAAACCUUGGUCCCGAGGCAGAGGGAGGUGCCAACUUUAAUUUCCCAAGAAAAUACAUCUCUAACUCACAGGUUCAAGAGAGGAAACAUAGGACUGUCACAUUCUAAGUCUUCCCAGGUAGAAGCGCUAUCUCGGCCUCAGCUGCCAUCCCAAGAGAACGGCCGCCGUGGAGCCAACAAAGUUUUCCGACAGAAAUUAAACAGCAACAUCAAGGCCCUCCCUCACUUGGACUGCCCAAAACCAAGUUUGGUGACGACUGCUUUGAAGCCCCCCCAGCUAGAUGCUCUUUUCCCCCAAAUAGCCGCUAAGAACUUGCAGCCUGUCACGACUCUACAUCCGUUGGAUAACCGAUCUCAAGUCCAGCCGUUGCCACUCACCCUCUCUGAAAACAUCCCCAGAGGGCUAAGCAGUAAAUCUGGAGACGUCGAGAAGAGUCACAACCUCAAGUUCCCGCUAACUUCAGCAGAAGCCUUGAAACACUUUAAGAGCCAACUAACCCAGCAUGAACAACGAGAAAUCAAGGACUAUAAAGAGCUGUGGUUUCUUGGCCUGGGCGCAAAAAAGAUUGAAGGCCACAUUGAUGCAGAGAACAGCAGCACCUACGAUGACGAUCACGGUUCCUAUAAAAAGGUACUAAGUGACCAUAUUGCAUAUAGAUACGAAAUCCUGGCUGUGAUUGGGAAAGGAUCCUUUGGGCACGUUGUGAAGUGUUUGGACCACAAAACCGGUGAAAAAGUAGCGGUGAAAAUAAUAAGGAACAAAAAAAGAUUCCACAAUCAGGCUUUGGUUGAAGUGGGCAUCUUAAAUUCCCUGCGACAAAAGGACCAGGAUAAUACAUAUAACGUCGUCCACAUGAAAGAGUAUUUUUGCUUCCGUAAUCAUUUCUGCAUCUCCUUUGAAUUACUAGGUUUAAAUUUAUAUGAAUUAAUCAAGAAAAAUAAUUUCCAAGGUUUCACCUUGGGUUUGAUCCGUCGUUUCACCCACUGCAUCUUAAGGUGUUUGCAACUUUUAUAUACAGAAAAAAUUAUCCACUGCGAUCUGAAGCCUGAGAACAUAUUAAUAAGCCAAUCUUCCGCUGGACAAAUUUCAUUCAAAGUGAUUGAUUUUGGAUCGAGCUGCUACGAGCAUCAAAGAGUGUACACGUACGUCCAAAGCCGGUUUUAUCGUUCUCCAGAAGUCAUUCUGGGCCACCCGUACACGACCUCCAUUGACAUGUGGAGCUUGGGCUGCAUCAUGGUUGAGCUCUACACGGGGUACCCACUUUUCCCAGGGGAAAAUGAGGUGGAACAGCUUGCCUGCAUCAUGGAGAUCUUAGGACUUCCACCCUCUGAUUUCAUUCAAACGGCAUCAAGAAAACGAACAUUCUUUGAUUCCAACGGCGUUCCGAAAACCGUCACGAACAGCAGAGGGAAAAUAAGGAAUCCAAAUUCCAAAGAUCUCAACGCCAUGUUGAAAAUACACGACGGGACCUUUCUGGAUUUCCUCAAGAAGUGCCUUGUAUGGAAGCCUUCUUUGCGCAUGAUCCCAGAAGAAGCGAUCCACCACACGUGGAUGGAGGACCCGUGGCCACCCAGACUGAGACAGAAGCCCAAGACCGCCGCAAAGCAGAGCGAAGAGAAGAAAAAGGAAAACGUUCAUAAAAAUACCCAGAUAGAAAAAGGAGAUGACAUCGUUCGGCAACAGCCCAGCACGGAAGCCAAAUCGGAUCCGCCUGAAAAAUUACCUGUUUCGUAUCGAAAGUGUUCCGCCCUUGCGGUGUCCCCAGAAAUAAAUAAAGAAGAAAAGCAGAGCCCGGGUAAACGGGAUAGUCCAGCGAAAGAAGUGGAACCACCGGUGGAUAAAGCUGCUAAAAGAGAACACAGGGCCGGGAAGGCCUUGCGCAAAAAUACAAGCACGUUGCCACCCAUUAAGCACAAACAGUGA